ACUAGCCAGGAAGGAAAAGUCACAGGUGAUUAGGUCCUUUGCAUCUCUGUAGUUUUAUUCGAUUUUCCAAGACCAGUACUGGUGGUCACCUACAGGACGAGUAGUCGACGUCACAAUAUCUAGGGUCUUCGGAAAUAUAGUAAACGUCGAAUAGUCGAGUUCACAAUAUCAAGCCUUCGGAAUAAAAGUAACCACGUGACGUAUACAUGUAUAUUCAGUUUAGGCGUAGUCAUUUGGUUUCGUAGCUCUAAGGAUAGCGUCAAAAACACUUCAAGCAAGAAGAAUGUGUAACUUGCCCUCGCCUGCACUGGGGAGUUUAACUCGCGUACAUGAUCCCGCACAGCCUACUACUAUCACUGACCAAGGUCUACUGCCAUGCCCGGCUGGAUAUUGUACAGCACCAGAACCAGCAUCAUCCGUAGGUUCCUCAUCGUCGCUGCUUAUUGCCUUUUCCACGGAUGGACUGGCCAAGCGACCUCCCAAUGCGUUCAUGCUGUGGGCGCGCACGGAGCGACGGAGACUGUUCGCUGGCAUGCCCGACGGCGGAAAACUGCGCAACAGCGAGGUCAGUAAGAUAUUGGGCAAGAAGUGGCGAGAAAUGUCGAGCCAAGAGAAGGCACCGUACCAUGGUUUGGCGUCGCGAGCUUGCCAACAGUAUCGAUUUCUCAACGCUCAUCAGAAAAGAAGGCAACGCACCAUCAAAGGUCGACCUGUUGCUGCUCGCCAUGACGGUCCUUCCCCUACCUCCUCUGGGCCAAUCAAGGCGACCAGAUCAUCUUUGUCGGGAUCGACUCCGAUUGCGUGGGAGAACGUGACGAAAAGCGUGGGACACGCACAACCAACGAUACCUCAGCAGCACGCGACUUGUGAUAACCUUAGCCCGGACUGCGAAAUGGCUAGCUUGGAUUUGGACAUAUCGACACCGCAUAGUGGCAGCAUCAGCGACCCGUUCAGUCUCAGAACGCUGUCACCAGAAUGCAUCCUCCACGUGCCAAACACGUCAUUUCAUGAUCUGCUACAACCAGGGUUCAGCGGGGCGCAGCUUCAUGCCCCUCCGGCGUUUCACACUCCAAGCCCCAGUGUUCAGGGCAUAGGCGUCUGCACAUCGACACCUCUAGAAACGGGACCAGCGAUACCUACAGAAGCAGCAUCGGCAACAGGCCUGCCAUGCUUCGGGUUUGACGGGCAAGGCUACCAUUCAUUUGAUUCCGAGCAACCUGAUCCCGAAGUUACCGGCGACCACCUUGUCCUUGGUGGCGACAUAUGGCACGGGGUCUGUCCUGGAGCUAGCAGAACCAGGGCAGAAUCUGCAGUAGAUGUAACCAUUGGUUACAGCCAGCCUUUGAUCGAAGCACGUGGCAACGCCAUUCAUCGGCAGUCCUCCUUACCCACCGACCUGGAUGCAUUCAGACAGCAGGUGCCGACCGUCUGCUUAUCCAAAGCGCCGCUAGCCAAUCAGUGCACAUUCUCCACUACUGCUGGCCCAGGGUUGCACAGGGACUGCGGCUUUUCUAUUUCAGGCUGCGCUCCCAUGGCAUCCAGCAGUUCAGCCAUCGCAACUCAGAGAGCUAACACGAUACCCAAUGCACUGGAUAUGGAUACGCUUCCCAGCAGUGACCCCUUCUCCUCUCUGUUGGACGACUGGGAUAUUGAUGACCUGGUGAUAGGCGAUGUUGAACUGGCGGAGGUGACAACAUCGGAAAACCUGUUACAACCACCGUCCUCCUCCUCUGCCGACGACUGGCUGUUUGGACCGCUGAACAUAAUCUAGAGAAUCGGCCAUAUGCUACAUGUCCAGUUCUAGAGUCAAUGGGGUCUUCAGUGCCGCACAAUACAGGCCCACCAUGCUACUACGUACCUGCCAGAACAAUUCAAAAAAGUACGUGUACAGUAAAACCUGUCAAGGCGACCACUCGGAUAAGGCGACCACCUGUCCCAGAAGACCACUGCAACCAGGACCAAGGGAUGCUAUUUCCAGUCAAAUGACCCUGGAUAAGGAGACCGCCUGGUUACAGAGACCACGCUUUGAAAGUCCCUUGAGCGGUCGUCUUAGAAAGAUUUCACUGUAAUAGUAGUUGGAACUGACUGCAAUGUAUGUCUUCCGCGACGUCCAACAUUUUAUGGGUUCGAUUCUAGUUUACGGAUUUUGUUCCAGAUACUACAUGUACGUAUCUUCAUUGACACUCCUUACCGUUUUCAAGGCCUCAUUUUGGCGUGACACUGACAGACCCGCAGCUAUGCAGGCCACGGACCUGAGGCUUGUUUUAAUUAAUAAUGAUUGUGAACCAAUUUCAAGAUAAUAUUAUCCCUAUUCAAGACACUACUGUCUGUGUCAACGACCACCGCGUCAAGAUGUGAUCUAUUUAUACACACACACACACGCACACGCACACACACACACACACACACACACACACACACACACACUAACCAUUAAAUUUUGGUGACCCUGGACUCUUGCUUUUGAACCUGCCUUAUCCGCAGCGUUAUCAAGUGGGUAAUAGACACUUGCUUCACAUACAUAAUUACAAGUAUCUAUGUGCUCAUCGAGGAAAGAAUAAUUGCCUUUCUCUCACGUGUUCAACUCGGCCAUGCCAUUGUAAACGUUUUAUUUCUACUGUACCAGUAGCUGCACUGGUACUGAUAUCAUUCAGCUCAGCUUUGUGCGCAGUGAAUCCUCUCUGUCGGUGCAAUUGUCCCAUGCAUCCGGCGAAGCAAUGCCAGUGUCAAACAUGUACAUGAUUACAUGUAUAUGUGCGAGUACAUGGAAGAGUAGUAAUAUAACAGUCAUGCUUAUAACUAUACUUAGAAGUAGGACACACUUCAGGCUCAACAUUUCGAAAGUUUUCACCAGUAUACUUUCAUGCCUGAUCAUCAGCUCUCUGCUGUAUUUAAUCCAUUGCAUGUCCAUGUUCAUUUGAUUUUGCCUGUAUUUCAUCUGAUGAUAAGGCAGGAGCGUCUACUAGUGAACAGUUUCAAAGUGUUCAAGAGCCUGACGUGUGUCCUCCUUCUAAGUAUAAUUGCAUUCUUGUCUCCAAGGAAAUUGUUCAUGCUCAUAACGUCGCAAUAAUGCUGUGAAACAAACUCAGGAUAUCCGAGAAGUAUUGAUACGCCGAUGGGAACUGAUAUAUCUAUAUUUUACUACUUUGCGUGUUAUGGAUAGUAAUCUGUGAGUCGAAGCACACAUCAUUACUGUCAACUAAAAUAAUUAUUUGUAUCGCUCUCAUUCUUCGUUGAAUG